AUGUGGGUGAAUCCAAAGGAAGUGUUAAUCCCCAACACCUUUUGGCAAAACGAAAAAUUAAGUGUAUACUUUCUAUUACAACACCGCGUCGGUCAUGGACAGGGGAAUAAAUUAUCUUCGUUAUUAGUUGGGACGUUUGAUAGUUUUUUUGAAACCAAACCAAGUCCUUACAGGAUCUUACAUCAAACACCAAGUUCAGAAGUGUAUUAUGAAAUAGCUUGUGCAUUAACUGAAUCAGAUAUUUUAAAAGAUUGGGAGUGGUUGGAGAAUAACCUGAAUCUCAAUAUAUUUGAGAAUGAAGAUGAUGUUACUGACUUUGUUCGCUGUAAAAUUAAAAGCUUAGUAGCAACUAAUGUAUCAGAGACACCAGAUGAAGACAAUUCUGAAUCGUUUAAAGAUGCAUCUAUAAAAUUUCACCGUCUGUUCAAUGUGUCACGUGAUACUACCCUUGUUUGUUACUAUGCUUGCAGCUAUUUGAAAAAUAAACUCCCUCGCCGAGGUUGGCUAUAUUUGUCUGUAGAAUAUUUAUGUUUUCAUUCAUACUUGUUGGGUAUAGAAGAUAAAAUAGUUGUAAGAUGGACAGAUGUGAUCAAUUUGGAUAAAAAUAAUAGUAUGUUAUCAGAUACGAUCAAAGUAACAACAAGAGAUAAAAGAGAAUAUAGAUUUUUUAUGUUCCUGCAUUCAUCGGAUACAUUUGAAUUAAUGAAACAAUUAGUUAAUCUAGCAAUGAAAGGAAUUAUUAAUGAUGUGUGGUUCAAUAAAGAUCAUAACCUGCUACUUAAAGUCAAUAAAUAUGUUCCCAAAAGACAGUCUUUUGUAAAACGUGACUUGGAUGCAAGAGCUAUGUCUGAGACAUAUAGGCUCCUAUUCCGAUUACCUUUGAAUGAAAAACUUGAUGGAGUUACUAAUGCUACAUUGUAUACUCCAUACAAUAAGAAACAUGUGUUUGGACAAGUGUACUUGUCUCAAAACUUUAUGUGUUUCAAUAGUAAAACAACUGAUCCAUUGAAUGUGGUUAUUCCGUUAUGUGAUGUAUCACAAGUUGAGAAAUUAGAACCUAUACCUAAUGAUCAAUCAUUUGAUAAUUCCAUUAUAAUAACUUUGAAGCUAACAAGUACAAAUGAAAAACCUCCAUUUUUCAUAUUUUCACAAAUUAUGGAAAGAGAAUUUUUCUUAAAAAAUAUAUCUGAAAUAUUAGGUAAUUUAGAAACAAAAUCAAUUUCUAAAUUCCAAAGAGUUGAUUCAAUAUCAGAUAGCGAAAUAAAACUACCAUUGCGGUUUACUUUUCGAAUGAAAGAGCAUGAUAAUUCUAUAAUUAAAAUCAAACAGCGAGCGAAGGAAGUUGAAUGGGAUUUGUACUUCAAAGAGCAUGGGGACGGUGUUUCAAUGUAUAAAACGAAAGAACUAGUUAAAAUGGUUUUAGUGGGCAUACCAGAAUCAUUGAGAUCAAAUCUUUGGCUAAAAUUUUCUGGUGCUUACCAUGAUAUGGUGGCUAAUCCAGGACUAUAUAAUGAGUUAGUAAAUAUUGCUUCUACAACUAAAUCGAUAUCUCAUGAUGAAAUCGAACGAGAUUUACAUAGAUCAUUACCUGAACAUCCAGCCUUCCAAUCCGAAAUUGGUAUUAAUGCAUUACGUAGGGUGCUUACAGCCUAUGCAACAAAAAAUCCUCAAAUUGGUUACUGUCAAGCCAUGAACAUAAUUGCAUCUGUGUUGUUAAUUUAUUGUACCGAGGAAGAAGCGUUUUGGCAGUUGGCCUGCAUUUGUGAAAAUAUGUUACCAGAUUACUAUAACAACAAAGUAGUAGGAGCUUUAGUUGACCAAGGAGUUAUGGAUAAUCUUAUAGCCAAUCAUUUACCAUUUAUAUAUGAUAUUUUGUCUAGACUUGGUUUGAUUCAAAUGAUAUCAUUGUCUUGGUUUCUUACAAUAUUUCUCAGUGUGAUGCCAUAUCAAAGCGCAAUUUAUAUUGUUGAUUGGUUUUUCUUUGAUGGAGCUAAAGUCAUAUUUCAAGUGGCUUUAUCUAUUUUAGAAAUGAAUCAAAAACGAUUGGCUUGUUGUCGUGAUGAUGGUGAAGCAAUGCAAACUUUAUGCAAUUAUUUGUCAGGAAUCUAUAAUGAAGAACUAGAGCAAAGUGAACUAUAUAAAGAUGGUGAUAAAAUAGAAAGGAGUGUUUCUGUUCAAGAACUAAUCAACAAUGGAUACAAAAAAUUUAAAUCUGUUAAUAGCAAAAAUAUUGAAAAUCUUCGUGUCAUGAACAGACUUAAGGUGGUUCAGUCAAUGGAAGAUGGAAAUGAAAAAAACAUAGUCAGAUCAUUAGUCCCAGAUAAUUAUUUUUCAUCUGAUGAACUGAUGGAUUUGCUAAAAUUUGUUAGAGAAGAAGUGGUUUCUGUACACAAAAGAACCCAUGUUCAACCACUUAAAGCAGAAACACCUAUAGAACCUUAUGAAUCUUAUAGAAUUGACUUUUAUCUAUUUGAAACCAUGUUUACGGUGAUUUCCCCCUUAGCUAAGAAUAAUGGUGCCAGUAAUUUGGCAGUUCGGCUGUUUAAGUUGAUGGACAUGAAUGAUGAUGGUUUCUUAAACUUUCGUGAGUUAACAGCAGCCUUAGGCCUAACAUCUACUGUUGAUGUAACUAUAAGGCUAAAAAUGCUCUAUUUACUACAUUUAUCACCACUUCUUUCAAAUGAUUUGCUGUCUUCGACUGAACCAAAUAUUUCUGAAAGUGGAGCUGAAUAUGCUUCUGAUGCUGCUGAAUAUUUUAAUGCUAAUAUUUCAAGAGGUAUAAUGUGUGAAUCAAAUUUAAAUGAUUUAAAAUCACUUAGGAGUGUUACUAAUUGGAAACAUUCUACCAUUUGUUUACCAUCCAUGUCUGAAGAUCGUUUUGUUGCAUUGUGUAAGACUAUGUAUGAUCUCAUUGAAAAUUCAGCUAUAGACCAAGAAAUGCAUAAUAGCAUAUCCAAAAUAAGUGCUAUUUUAUUGGAACUCGGUAAUUUAAAUAAAGAAGAGUCAAAUAAAUCAGAAAAUCAAAAUAACAGCGAGUGGUUUAUAAAUGCAGAACAAUUUGUUGCUACUGCAUUGACGGUACAAAAACUGGUCGAGUUUAUUGGUGCAAGAGCUAAUGUCUCACAAGCUCUUCACGAAUUGAGAAAUAAUUGA